UUUUAAAAGUGUUAAGUGGUUAAAAGCCCACAUGCUAAAUGAUCAUACAGGAAUGAUGAAAGAUAAUCAAUUUCCCACCCAAGUGGAAAAUACCAAUAUGGAUUCUAAUAAUGAACUUUGCAUGAUAUGUGGUCAAAACUUUCCUGACAAGAUAGCCUUACAAGUUCACCUGAUCAAGGAUCAUCGUACUACAAAUGAAGAUAUAGGAAUCACAAAUAACUCAGGGAUGAAUACAACAUCAGAUUCCUCAACAACAGCAGUCCAAGAUCAGGCAAGAACAAAUGGUAGUACAUCACCAGGAAGUUCUUCUUCUUCUGUCCAAGUAAUACAGUCCAGAUUACCAAUUAAACUGUCAGGUAUUGGUGGUAAUAGAAUUUAUCACUGUUCAUUCUGUAUUUAUUCUACUCGAUGGCUGUCCAAUUUGUACGCACAUGAAAAGAGACAUACUGGUGUUAAUACUGAAGGCGAAAAGAGGUUUGUUUGUCGUAUAUGUCAUCGUGCAUAUCGUUACAAUCACUCUCUUCAACGCCACUUUUUAAAUCAUAGGGCUGCGGGAUUUUCGUUUAAAGAUAUAUCGCACUCUUCAUUAUCAUCAUCACAUCACCAGAAGCGUGCACAGUCUCUAGGCCAACAAUGGGAUUCUUCCAGGUCAGCCACAGCAAUGGGAAAAUCACAAGAUGAUAUGCAACAUUCAACAAAAGUUAAAAGAUAUCGCUGCAGUAAGUGUAAUAAAAAAUUUCGCACCAGGGAGAUGUGUUUGGCUCAUAUUCACAAUGUUCACAGUGGAAGAAGAAGUAUAAUAAAUCAACAAAAACAUGUGAAGAUCUUCCGAUGUCGUUUAUGUGGGUUUGCUACGAAAGUUUGGAGUAUUUUGAAGUUACAUAUCAAACAGCAUCAAGGGGCCACAGAUGUAGCUAAAGAUGUCCAACAAGAAAGUGAUGCUUCUGCCAGUUCACCUUCAACACCAAAUAACAGGAGAUAUCUCUAUUAA